AUGACAUCAACUGAAAUAAUAGAACAAUCAAAUGGCAGAGAUGGCGAUGCCGAAGUUAAAAUGCCCCUUAUGUAUCGCAUCAAAACACGUUCAGUCAAUUUAUUAAAAUCAUCUGGAAUUUUUCUUUUUAAUAAAGAACAACAAACAAUAUGUGGAAACACAAGCAACUCCUGGAUUAAAAUCUCUUUAUAUUAUUUCAUUUUCUACAUUUGUUCGGGUCUAUACUAUUGCGGUAUAAUGGCUGUAUUCGGUGCUAUUGUAGUACGUCAAACACCAACAUAUACUAAUCUUCAGAGUAAAAUGAGCGACGGUGGAAAGAUUUAUCCUGGAAUGGGUUAUCGUCCGAUGCCUACUAUAGACGACACAUCACUUACUGUUUAUAAUGAUACAGCAUCUCAACUUCAAACAAUCUCCUCUUUAACAAAUUAUAAAAUUCAAUUUUUGACACAAUACGAUUCAACAUAUUUGGACGAAUGUAGUCCAUCUAAUCCAGCCUCCAGUCUUCAAGGAGAUCGUUCGUGUGUGUUUUCUUGGACAGAUAUUGUCACAAGUGAAUCACAUCCUUGUUCGACUACAAAUAUGUAUGGAUGGAGUAGUGGUAAACCAUGUGUAUUACUUAAAUUAAAUCGAAUUUAUAAUUGGCUACCAGCUGCAGGUAAUAUCAUCGAUCAAAUUGCCAAUGCCACAGGCCAAACGAUAUUGCCUAUUGAUCAGCAAGAACAAAAUAUUUACAUAACUUGUAAUGGUACAACUGCAAGUGAUAGACUAGUAAUUGGUAAUCUAACAUAUUAUUCUAUUUUGCAUCCACUUGGUAUUUCGGGUUAUGGUGGUAUACCAUAUUAUUUCUAUCCCUAUACAAAUUCAAGAGAGCAAGUUGAUCCAUUCGUAUUAGUACAAUUUACGUCAUUACCAUUAGAAAUAAAAGUAAAUGUAAUAUGUCGCGCUUGGGCACCGAAUAUCGUACAAUUAUCUGAAGGUACAACACGUCGUGGAGUUGCCACAUUUGAUAUCUUACGAUCAAACAAAAAUGCUCCUAAAGCAUAA